GGGGAAUCGCGAUUGGGUCCACCGUGCACGGUGGCUGCGGUUCCCCAUCAGACAUGCUAUCCCCCGGUGAGUUGAGCAGAGCCGAUCAUCACUCUUUGAUGUGUUCCAAGGAACUUAUGUCAUCAACCCAGGCACACCAGGAAUUUUGUGGAGAGAUGGAUCCUGUUCGUCACCUCAUUACGCGCUCUAGUAGCACAGUUUUCUUCUCCCGACCAUCAUGGCCUCCCCGUCGACACUGGAGCCGCGCCUCCCCGCCGAAUUGGAGCGCAUCGUCUUCGAGGAGGCGGCGGCGGUCGAGCCACGUAGAGUUGCUGAGCUCAUGCUCGUCGCGUCCCGGGUGCGAGAAUGGCUAGAACCUCUGCUUUACCGCAUCGUCGCCAGUCGCGACACCUGGAUCCGCAAGACGUCUUCACUCGACGCGCGAUUCCCAUCUACCUUCGUCACCAGUCUCAUGAAGGAUAAGGCCGAAUCGUUUCUGAAGAGCGCUGUCCAGGUCGUACUGCUGGCACAGAAGGAUGCGCACUACAUGGAAAAGAUCAUUCCCGUUUGCACGAAGAUCCAUACCCUCGUCGUCGAGGCGCCAAUGAACGAGACAUGGGAGCAGCACCUCCCCGCUCUCAACAAGCUCACUGCACUUCGUCGGCUCUGCAUACCUGUCCUGCACCUCUUCCCCCGCCCAUCCGGCGAGCUGCCGGCCCCCGAUGUCUCUAUGCCUCUGUUCGCGACUCUGACGCACCUCGAGCUGCUUGACUACCCACGCACUCAGGAGCACGCGCUGAUUCUCUUCAACAAGCUAGCGACGCUCUCGAGCCUGACGCACUUGGCGUUCCAGGGCUCUACCAUGAUCAGCACCCUCGCUCAGCUGCUCAAUCCGGCUGUCUUCUUCCCGCAGGCGCCGAAGAAACCGCGCUGGGGCCCGCACAUCCAGUGUCUCGUCGUUGCUUCCGAGCCAGAUUCUUUCGACGGCGACCGCUCCCUUGGCAAGAUGCUCGUUGUAGACCCUCGGGUGGUGGUGAUCGCGCGCAGGGGACUGGUGACCACGUGGAUGGACGAGAAGAGGGGAUUCUGGGCUAUUGCAGAUUCGUUGCUAAAGGCUAAGAAGGACGGGACUGUUGCUGAAUCAGAGUAUGCUGUAGAGGAUUACAAGAUCAACUGGAAGGAGAACGGGCUGCCCGAAUUCAAGUUCAAGUGAUUCUCUCGCGUGGAACGACUAAGCGCUGCAAACACGGAGCGCUGUUCUUCCAUGGCUGCACGAUACCUUUGUAGGCGUAGAAUCCAGUCCACAGUAGUAUGAGCUCGUCGUUGGACAAUCACUUC